AUGCUCGAACGUGCAACAGGCUGCCUCGAGAACGCGGGACGGCGUUUCCUUCAAGAUUCCAAUGGCGUGAUCCGAAAAAGAAACUGCCUGUCCGGUCAUUUCUGGAAGCACAAUGGCGCCGGAGCGGAUGCUCCUCAGUGGUUUAUCGCGCUUUUGCAGGCGUCAGGCCAACGAUCGUCCCCCGUUCUUAGCAGUCAACACGAAAGCGGAGAGCCAAGCGAUGGGAUAGGGCCAUCGCUCGAAUUCUUAUAUCCUGGGCAUGCUCAAACUUUGGUAGCUUCGCGUCUGCCUCGCUCCCAGAACAGGACUGGAUUUCGGAGGAGACCAAACCUGGGCUUUUCCAGAUCUUAUGCUUCCAUUUCAAGUCUUCAACAAGCUACCGCAAAGACUUCAUCCACCCACGAAGACGCAUCCAACCGGGCCCAAGAGCCUCAGGAUCCAGAAUCUCUUGAUAAGGACGGGAAAGCGAGCGCAACACUCCGGGCUUUCCUUCAGAAGAAUGGCAGCGAAUUUGAUAAAGCUUGGGUGAUGUACGUCGCAGCCGGAUGUCCGUCGGAACUCAAUUCUGCACUCUGUGCAUAUAUGAGUAAAUCAUCCAGAGAAAAGGAACAAAUGCGAGCAUGGACGCUCUUCAGAGCAAUCGCACCCGAAGAUCUCACUGAGUUAGACUUUAAGAACAUUAUAAGCUCACGGCUUCUAUCAUUGCCGGAUCGAAAACCCGCGAAUCUUGGCGGUAUCUGCCGGCGAGCCAUUUCCACGCCAUUUGCUCAAGAGAUCAUCUCGCUGGGCCUGAUGCACAUGGUGGAAAACAGAGAGUGGCCCAGAAUUGUCUCAUUAUGGAGCUCCCUAUUGGAGACUCCUGGAAACGAGCGACCGCCAUUGGAAUCUUUGCUAGAUCGGCUUGAUCGCUUUCACUUUCCUGGCUAUUCCCUACCCAGGCAUCUCCUUGAUUUAAGAAAGUACUUGGCAGCCGAUAACAAGUAUCUUACCCCUGCGGCCAGAGACUUUAGCUCCCGUCUAUUUGAACGAUUUUUCGAGUCUCGUGACAUGGUCAAACUCACACCGAUAUCAACUAUGCUUUCACUGUUGCUCAAGUACGGAGAUAUCGGUUUUACGACCCCCGCUCACUAUUUUCUUUCGAUAAAUGUCUACCUAAGAUCAGAGCAGCGGUCGGAAUUUGUCAAUUGCAUCCUUUUGUAUCGCCAAUUGCGCAAACAACAUGAGCUAGCAAGGCCAACCAUACAAACGAUUCGUUCCAUCAUUCAAAGCUUGUUGAAAUUCAAGAUGACCGACAGCUUGCCAUACUUUUUGGACGAAGAGGCGGAGUUUGAUAAGGAUAAACAAACAAGCGUCCGCUCAUACAAUGACGCAAUGGUUGCUUUUUCUAAGACUGGGGAUGUGCAAACCGUCCAACACUUAUUCGACAGGUUCGUUGCAGAUCACGGCAGCCCAAAGACCCAAAGGUCGGUGACCCCCCUUCUUGUCGUUCACGCGCGGCUAGGUGAUGUGCGCGAAACACGGCGACAAUUCGAUCGAAUUCCUACAGAAUUUGGCCUCCCGCUGAACACAGUCUGCUGGAAUAUACUGCUUCUGGCGCACACUACUGCCAAGGAUCUAUCAGGUGCUAUAGCUGCCUUCUCAGAAAUGCGAGAAAACUAUGUACCUCCCAACUCGUACACGUUUGGCACACUGAUGGGGAUUUUCGCCCAGCGAGGCGACAUCGAAGCCAUCCGUCAAUUACUCAAAGAGGCGCAGAAGAGCCGAGUACGAAUCACGAGGCCGAUGCUUGAUUCGGCUGUUCAGGCGUACUGCAAGAAUGGGCAAUUGGGUCAUGCAGAAGAGCUUGUCGCAAGCAGCUGGGAUUUAGCGGUGGGGGGGUCUCCCUUGCGAAUGUGGAAUUUUCUUCUAAUGCGAUAUGCAUUCAGGGUAUCCAAGUUUUCCUUCCGACGCGUCCUUGACCGCAUGGGACGGCUAGGCUUGAAACCGGAUAAAAUGACUUACGCGGCUAUUAUGCUUGCUUAUGUCUAUUCCAAGCAAGUGGAUCGUGCGCAGACUACUCUCAGGAAGAUGCAUGAAGUUGGAUUCGAAGCAACCGAGCACCAUUUUUGUAUUCUCUUGCUCGGAUAUGUGAAGCAACGGAACCGCGAUAUGGUGCAUGUCAUCUCCCGCGAAAUGCAAGCACGCUUCGGUCGAGUUGGGAUGGAGGCGAGCCUGUUGAACCUGAGAAUGCAGAUUGCGAGAGACGUGGAAAGCGCAAAAGAUCUUCAGGCACCUGUUGAAGAUAUUGUCUUCGAGAACGCAGAAAAGACACUUGCUGAAUCAAUCGCACGAUUCGAUACCAAUCCCUCGCCACCCAACAGUCGAUUAUCUAGCCCGCUAGAGGGCUUUGUUGUUGAGUCUUUCAGUGAUACCCACUAUCAACGGCUGAUCGACGCAUACGGCCUCCAUGGUGGCGCUGAAAAGGCACUCCAAACCUUCAACCAUUACAUACAAUCCAGACGAACUGCGGGAUCAUCGGACGGCGAUGAAUUGGCAUCCUUACCGAUUGACUUCAUCAAAGCCGUUAUGAAUGCUUAUCUUAGAACCCAGAACUACGAGAAAGUAGAAGAGUGCUGGCACACUAUUAUGGCAAAUGUAAGCAAGACGGCCGGUACCUGUGACCUUGACAAAAUCUUGUCUUCACAGUCGCCGAUGUCAACCCUGCCAGCACCAGCUGAGUCCCCUCUCCCGUCAAUGCUUUCAAUGCCCACCACUCAAUCAGAUAAGCCCAAAAUCAUUCCUGCCCAACGUUUCAUCCUGGACUCUCCACUCUCGAUUUACCUGCACUCGUUGGCUCGCCGAGGCAUGUUUGAGAGAAUGCAUCAAGUUGUGGCCGAAGUUCAGACAGCAGGCUUUGCAUUGACUGGUUUCAACUGGUCAGCUUACGUUCGAUCGCUUGCGACAUCUGAUAAUUAUCCCGACAAUGUGGAGGCAUUUCGACUCUUCGAGGAGAAGUUCAUCGCUCAUUUCCCUGGUUGGUCAUGGUUUCUCAAGGGAUAUGGCGUGAGACCACUCAAUGCCCCCGUGACAAUCCUCCAUCUCGAAGGUCGCUCGGGUAUCACUAAACCUCGGAGAAUGAUGGGAAAAUUGGCCCGAGAACAUUGGCGCAAAAUCGAGCCCGAUUACAUGCACCCCCAUUACCCUACCAUGGUCCAACUAGCCGGCACACUGCAAAGGCUCCGGCAAACAAGCAUUAUGGAGGGGAAUCAGCAUCUGGCAAAUCUCUACAAAAUUGCGCCACGGACUGUCGAUACCCUCGCCGCGAUGCCAUAUGUGCCUGACAAACAUCAGGGUACAAUCCUGCGCGGCCAUGCAGCAAGAAGCGAGAUGCUUCCACGCCAGGCCCACCUGUUCUCCUCGCGCACUGGUGCUCUUGGCCCUCGUUGCAACAGACAAGAACGCAGCUUUAAGAGAGCGGCUGAGGAGCCUCUCCUAUCGAACAAAACCCAAUUGUCCGUGUCUUCCGCGGACGAGUUGAAUCGUACUGGCUUAUUCCGCAGUCCAGAACAGAGCUCAUUGGGCGAUUUGGCAAGCAUCCUUCCUCGCCAGGACCAAGUUGACCUGCAAACCGCAAUUGACGAGGAAUAUAAUGUGACAACACAAUGGAAGCUCAAAGCCAGCCAUUACAAGGAGAGUAUGGAGAAGGCGUUCAAGUCCAAUAAUAUCCCGUCCGCUGAGGCCUACAAGCGACGUUUGAGAAGGUUGCAACAUCCCGACUUCCAGAAGCCGACCCCUGAGCGGCAACUGUUCGACAAGCAUAACCGCAAGUGGAAGCUGCAUACUCCAACCCACCUUCUCUUCAAACCCAAUUCUGGGCUGCAUGUGAAACCUGGACGAACACCCUCACAACGAGACAACGUGCGAAGAAAGUACAAGGGACCCUGGACGACGCCCAGGGAAGAACCGAGCGACGACCGUUGA